GAGGGGGAGGGGGGGAGUGAGGGAGCCAGAGAGAGGGAGGGGCAUGUGAACAGCUGACUGAAGAACACAGAAGCAGCCAGAACCUGCAGAGCAGCAGCCAUGACACACAGAGACUCUCUGAGCGAGGCGCUGAAGGCCAUCAGUGUGACGACAGAGGUGACUGAUGAUGAGCUCAAACCUCACGUGGACACGCUGCUCGCUGCUCUGCUGGAUAAGACGGUUUAAAAGCGAUAAUGAUGUUUGUGUGUCUUCAGAAAAAGACGCAGCGGUGGACAUCGCCAGGAGCGGCAUUCUGCCAGCACUGACUGAGGUUCUGAGGAUGAAGAGCAGCCUGAGCUGCCAGGUGGCACUGAUGGUGGCAGAGCUGGCACGAGAAGCUGCAGUCAGAGAGCCGUGCAUCGAGGCAGGACUGGUGAAGGCGCUGGUUCCUCAUCUGAACAGCAGCGACCCGGAGAUGCUGCUCAACACAGGCCGGGCCAUCGGACGCAUCUGCUUUGACAACCCGGAUCAGCAGGACCAGCUGGUCCAGAGCGGCGUUGUCCCCAGACUGGUGUCCAUCAUGAGGGAGCAUCACGCCAAUGACCUGCUGGUCAACGUUUGCCUGCUGGCCCUGUGUAACCUGGCAGACAUGGACUCUGCAAGGGAGGCUUUGACAGAGCAAGAUGUGGCACAUGUACUGAUGUCUCAGCUGAAACGGGCACCUGACGCAGAACGCCGACACGUCAUCCUGGAAAUACUGGGAUCUCUGGCUGAGAACGACACCUUGAAGCUGCAGUUUGCAGAGUCCGGAGUGCCGGAAGCUUUGUCUGAGAUGAUUGAGGGUCUGCAGGGAGGCUCUGACCCCCAUGACCUCUGCAGCAUCAAGAUUGCUUCCAACCUCAUUGUGUCCCUGCUGCUCGGAGAUGAGUCCAUGCAGAAGUGUUUUGGUGAGGGUUCGGGUCGAGUGUACCAGGAUGUUCUGUCGUGGCUCCAGAGCACCAACACCCAGCUGCAGCUGUCUGGAGCUCUGGCAAUCGCCAACUUCGCCAGAAAUGACAGUAACUGUGUGAAGAUGCUGGAUCUGGGCGUGGUUCCUCACGUCCUGACCUUGUUGGAACAGCACGUCGAUGAAGGAGAUGUUUCUGUGCAACACGCUGGACUGAGCGCACUCAGGAACCUGGCAAUUCCUGUUCCAAAUAAAGUGCGGAUGCUGCAGGACGGCGUUACGGAGAGGAUAAAGACUCUGAUGCGCUCCGAUAUGCCGCCGGUUCAGUUCAAACUUCUUGGGACGCUGCGGAUGAUGGUGGAUGGACAAGCGGAGGCGGCCUUGGUGCUGGGGCAAGAUGCUGCCCUGUUGGCUCGGGUUAUGGAGUGGUGUGAAGCCAAAGACCAUACAGGAGUCCGAGGAGAGGCCAGCCGCCUCCUAGCGGCGCUUAUCCGACACAGCCGCAACCCCGAAGUUGUCUGUGCUAUUGCCAAAGCAGACGGGAUACGGCACCUUAUAACCAUGGCAACCAGUGAGCAUGUCAUCAUGCAGAACGAGGCUUUGGUUGCCUUGGCGAUAGCAUCAGCCAUUGACAUUGAGUCUGUUCAGGAUCCUUUCCGGGGAGCGGAGCUGUUGUCCACAUUGCAGAAGAUGUUGGAGGAUCCAGUGGGGGCCAUUGAAGUCCAGUUCAGUGCUUUAGGUCUCGUCUGCAGCCUCGCCAGCUCCCGUGUGAUGAAGGAGGAGCUGAAGAACCUGAGAGGAAGUCUGAGUAAACUGACGGAUCACAGCAGCAGUAAGCUGUCCUCACAGGCCCGCGCCGUGCUGACCAUGAUCAGUGACACCAGCUAAACCACC